AUAACUUUUCAAGUCUCACUCUCUCUCUCUCUCUCUCCAACCAAAUCAUGACCACCUCACAGAACGACACCUCCAAGUGCCUCUCAGGCAUAUUACGCCGGCUCCUAUGCACCGGAAGUCUCCCAACACACCCAUCUGAAUCCAUUUCUACUGAACCCAACAACAUCACCAAUCCAAAAAAACAUUCAAAACUUGAGGAGGUAAUUAAGCCACAAGCUCCACCCACCCCAGGAAUUGUAGCAAGACUGAUGGGUCUAGACACAUUGCCAGAUUUCAAUCCGGCUCAAAAUCGCAGAACUCUAGAUUCAAUGCUCCGAAGCAGGUCAGUGAAUUCAGUUAAUUGCUUGCCCGAACUCGAUCUAACCCAAUUCAAUCAUCGACGGGUUAGGACUUCCGUAUCAUUUCACGAAGAAAAUGCGACGUUUUCGCAACAAAGAGAGAGUGAUUUCGUUGUUUUUAGGUUUGAGAAAGUGGGUGGAAACAGUAAAUGGGGUUUUAGCGGUGGGAAAUCUGAGAUGGGGUUGGAGGAGCCGAAGCAGGGGAAAGUAGAAACAGACAGAAAGAGGGGAGAAUUAGAGGGGAGAAUUAGAGGAGAGAAAAUUCCACAAGAAGAACGUGGUAGUGAGAGAGAGAAAGGGAAGAAUUAUAGGGCGCGCAGGUUUUCUUCGAAGGUUGAUAAUGUUAAUUCGCCUUAUAAGAGCAUAUACGAGAUGGGUUUGGAGGAAUUGGUGGAGAAAGAAGUAGAAACAGAGAGAAACAGAGGAGAUUCAGGAGAUGGAGAUAUUCAGAAGACGAAAAAGAAGAAGGUGGUUGGUGAGAGAGAGAAAGAGAAGAACCACAGGGUAAAUCAAAGGUUUUCCUCGAAGGUUGAUGGUGUUAAUUUGCCUUACACAAGCAUAUCUGAUAUGAAAUUGAAGCAGAGUGAAGUAGUAGAAAGAGUAAGAAAUUUGAGAAAUUUAGGAGGCAGAAAGUUUGAGAAAAAGAAGGUUAGUGAGAGAAAGGGAGGGCCAAAUGGGGUUUGUGGAAAAUGUCUUUCAAACGUGGACAAGGUUGAUUUGAUUGGGAAGAAAAAGGUUGUUCGUGGCAAAACGCAUGAGACUUUGAAGGGAAAAAUUGCAGUGAAGGCUCUGAAUCACGAGGAAAUACUAGUAGUAGUACCUAAAUAUAGGAACAAGGAAAAGAGUAUAUGUAUACACAAAGCUAAGAAAGUCAAACCCGUAUGUAAUUCGAAGAAUUCAAGUCCAGUUUCAGUUCUUGAUCUUCACAACGUUCUCCGGCACACAGAAACUGCUUCAUCAGUAGACUCGAGGGUAACAACUCCUACAUCAAUGAAAUUAUCUUUGUCUAGUAUUGCUUCAAGUUCUGAUCAAGUUUUUGUCGGUGAAGAUUUUUUCAAAAAGCCAAAGAAGACUAGGGAGGCCCUGGAGUACUGUCAUUCAGAGGUGCUGAGUGAAAUUUUCAGGUUGACUGAAGAAGGCAUGGAGGAGUCAAAAUGGAUAGGUGAGAAAGUCCUUAACUUUGAGGAAGUUGAGGAGAUCUGUAUUGAUUUGGGACACCAAAUUCUUGAUUUACUAUUAGGGCAGGUCAUACAUGAACAAAUUGAUUCGAAAUGUAUGACCUGCCUGCCCUAA